GUUCAUCGUUGGAGUGAACGAACACUAAACACGACUGUCAGACACACUAUUGAUAUCAUAUUUUUGAGUUUUACAUCAAUCCUAAAGACACACAAACCGACUAUCAAUACAAAUAACUACUGUCUGUCAUAUCACCCAAUGUUGGAACCAUUAGUGAAUACCACAAGAAGACAAUGAAUGGAAUAAUAUAUCGGUUGGGACUUAACGACGAUAUCAGAGACAUUAAGUUAGGACCCGCUCUGACCAGAGAUGACAGCCUAUCGCCCGUCUCUCCCGACAACCUUUUCCAUGCCAUCAGAUGCAAAGAAGACAUGAGUCCUCCAAAUAGUGUCAAUGGAUGCUAUAGUGUGGAUAGUUUUGGAGAUCCCAAGAAAAAGAAAGGGCCGGCACCGCGACAACAGGAGGAACUAUGUCUUGUUUGYGGUGAUAGGGCUUCAGGAUAUCACUACAAUGCACUGACAUGUGAAGGAUGUAAAGGUUUCUUUCGAAGAAGUAUAACGAAGAAUGCUGUAUAUCAAUGCAAAUAUGGGAACAGUUGUGAAAUAGAUAUGUAUAUGAGACGAAAAUGCCAAGAAUGUCGACUUAAGAAAUGUCUUAGUGUUGGUAUGAGACCUGAAUGUGUGGUUCCUGAAUAUCAAUGCGCCAUUAAAAGGGAAUCAAAGAGAGCACAAAAAGAUAAGGAUAAACCUAACAGUACUACAAAAGAUGGUAUGAGUCCCGAAAAAAUAGAGGAGAAGCCCAGUAUAUUGACAUCCAAUACGGUUAACAUAAACUCGAAUGUUAUUAAGCCGUUGACCAAUCCUCAGGACGAGAUGAUCAAAAAGCUAGUCUACUUUCAGGAAGAAUUUGAAUCUCCAUCUGAAGAGGACGUUAAGAAAAUUACGCCAUUUCCAUUAGGAGAGAGUGAAUCCGAUAGUUUGAAAAGGUUUCAACACGUGACCGAAAUGACAAUAUUGACGGUACAGCUUAUCGUCGAGUUCUCUAAAAGAGUGCCCGGAUUUGACACACUUUUAAGGGAGGAUCAAAUCACACUUCUAAAGGCCUGUUCAAGUGAAGUGAUGAUGUUGAGGUGUUCCCGCAAAUAUGACAUAAAGACAGACUCGAUAGUGUACGCCAAUAACCAGCCGUACACCCGUGAGAACUACAGGAGUGCCAGUGUCGGCGACUCAGCCGAUGCUUUAUUCAACUUUUGUAGACAGAUGUGUAUUCUUAAAGUAGACAACGCCGAGUACGCACUCCUUACAGCUAUCGUCAUAUUUAGUGAGAGGCCAUCACUGAUGGAACCUAAAAAGGUUGAGAAGAUCCAAGAGUUCUAUAUCGAUACAUUGAGGGCAUACGUUGAUAAUCAUAGACCUCCCGGCAAAUGUUAUUUUGCACGACUGUUAGCCAUACUCACAGAACUGAGGACAUUGGGUAACAUCAACUCCGAGAUGUGCUUCUCAUUAAAAGUCCAAAACAAGAAGUUGCCGCCGUUUUUGGCCGAAAUAUGGGACAUCCAGGAGUAGUGCAAAGUUAUUGUUAUUACCGAACUGUGUUGAGUGCCUAUCCAUUGAAAUCAUUGUCAAAACUCAUUUUAAAAGGACACUCAAAUUGUUUGGCUUUGACCGCAACAGUGAUACUAAGCUUCAAUUGUAUCGACUCAGACACAACACAUACACAUCCCAUACCUUAUGUUAAUUGUUAAUUUAGAUGUCGUGUCGGGUCAUGUCAUUGGUUUGAAACAACAGACUAAGUAUUGAAUGCAUUUUGAAGAUCUCCCGUAACGCACAACAAUCUAAACAUUGCAAGUGCUGGAUAUACCUAUCAAUGACACUGACCACUGAUACGACUCUCAUUUUUAUGUACUUUGCAUUUCGCUUAGCAAUGCUACCGGUGAAACUACCUUUCCAUUCAAUGUUUGAUAUUUAAAAUUAUUAUACUAUUAAUAUUAAUAUUAUUA